AUGCCGGCCGUGCCCGGUGGGAAAAAAAACCCCAACGGUAAAGUUCGAGCUGCUCGCUCCCGGUGUGUCCCGGGAUCCAUCCUCCAGCAGCGCGUCCGACCCAGGGAACGAGACCUCCAGAGAACAGGGGUUUCCCCGGUGCUGUCCCGCCCCCUCGCCGCUCUCCUGCCCCUCGGGACUCCGGCUCGUUUCGAUUUCGUUUCCCGGAAGGAUUACGCCGAAGCCGCCGCGGUUGCAGGGACGGGACCUGCUCGCGCCGGGCACCGAGGGGCAGCGGGGUCGGGGCAGCGUUGUGCACCGCUGUGGGAACGGCCACUCACCGACACUGGGGAUGCAGGAAUCCAGCCGUCGCUGUGGAGCAAGGAGGAUGUGGGGCACUGGCUGCGGUGGGCGGAGCAGGAGUACUCCCUGCGGCAGGCAGAGCGGAGCCGCUUCCAGAUGAACGGCAGAGCCCUCUGCAUGCUCACCAAGGAGGACUUCAGAUACCGAGCUCCCAGCUCAGGUGAUGUGCUGUAUGAAUUGCUUCAGUACAUCAAGACUCAAAGAAGAGCUCUGGUGUGCAGCCCUUUGCUGAACUCACCCUUCAGGGAAGCCAGGACCUCAGAUGGAGGGUCAGGCUGUAGUGCUGAGGCUGCCCCAGCUGCUGCUUUCUCCUGCCCUGGCCGUGCGGAGCCUCUCGACACCUCCCAUCCCAGCCUGGAGAGCAGCUACAAGACAGAUGCCAUCUGCUCCUUCCCUACAACCCUGCCAGCCCCAGUGGAUGGGAAAAUUGCAGACUGCAGGUUGCUGUGGGAUUAUGUCUACCAGCUGCUCUCUGACAGCCGCUAUGAGCCCUACAUCAAGUGGGAGGACAAGGAAGCCAAGGUCUUCCGAGUUGUUAACCCAAACGGACUUGCCCAGCUCUGGGGAAACCACAAGAACCGGAUGAACAUGACCUACGAGAAGAUGUCACGGGCACUCAGGCACUACUACAAGCUCAACAUCAUCAAGAAGGAGCCAGGGCAGAAGCUCUUGUUCAGGUUUUUGAAGACUCCUGGGGAGAUCAUCCAUGAGAAAUCCAGCAAGCUGGAGCAGCUGGAGAAUGAGGAGCAUGAUGAUUGGAAAGCAGACCCACUGGAGGCUCCACUGUAG